CGUCCGUCCGUCCGUGCGUGCGGCCGGGCGGGCCCCUUCCCGUGCGGCGCGGCCGGCGGGGCCGGUGCGGGCGGGCGCGAUGCUGCGGUGCAUGCCGCCGCUCUGGCGCUGCAACCGGCACGUGGAGGCGCUGGACCGGCGGCACUGCUCGCUGCAGGCCGUGCCCGAGGAGAUCUACCGCUACAGCCGCUCGCUGGAGGAGCUGCUGCUGGACGCCAACCAGCUCCGCGAGCUGCCCAAGCCUUUCUUCCGCCUUCUGAACCUGCGCAAGCUGGGUCUGAGUGACAAUGAAAUCCAGAGGCUUCCCCCCGAGGUCGCCAACUUCAUGCAGCUGGUGGAGCUGGACAUCUCGCGCAACGACAUUCCAGAAAUUCCUGAAAGCAUCAAAUUCUGCAAGUCCUUGGAAAUCGCUGACUUCAGUGGGAAUCCUCUCUCCAGGCUUCCAGAGGGCUUCACACAGCUUCGGAACCUUGGCCAUUUGGCCUUGAAUGACGUGUCCCUUCAGAGCCUCCCCAGUGACAUUGGGAAUUUGGCAAACCUGGUGACUUUGGAGCUACGUGAGAACCUGCUAAAGACUCUCCCCACUUCACUCUCCUUCCUUGUCAAGUUAGAACAGUUGGAUCUUGGUGGCAAUGACCUGGAAGUACUGCCAGACACUCUGGGAGCGCUGCCAAACCUGCGUGAGCUUUGGUUGGACCGGAACCAGCUCUCAGCCCUUCCUCCAGAGCUGGGCAAUCUCCGUCGCUUGGUCUGUCUGGAUGUGUCAGAGAACAAGCUGGAGCAGCUGCCCAACGAGGUCAGUGGUCUGGUAGCGCUGACAGACCUGCUGCUGUCCCAGAACCUGCUGGAGUGCAUCCCGGAUGGGAUCGGUCAGCUGAAGCAGCUCUCCAUCCUCAAGGUGGACCAGAAUCGUCUGACAGAGGUGACAGAGUCAAUUGGGGACUGUGAAAAUCUGUCAGAACUCAUCUUGACAGAGAACAUGCUGACGGCCUUACCAAAGUCCCUCGGCAAGCUGGCCAAGCUGACCAACCUGAACGUGGAUCGGAACCGGCUGACGGCCCUUCCCGCUGAGAUCGGCGGCUGCGCCAACCUGAACGUGCUGUCGCUGCGAGACAACCGCCUGGCGCUGCUGCCCCCAGAGCUCGCCAGCACCACGGAGCUGCACGUGCUGGACGUGGCUGGGAACAGACUGCAGAACUUGCCCUUUGCUUUGACAAACCUUAACCUGAAAGCCCUGUGGCUGGCGGAAAAUCAAUCCCAGCCCAUGCUGAAAUUCCAAACAGAGGACGACGAAAAGACAGGAGAAAAGGUUCUGACGUGUUACCUGCUUCCCCAGCAGCCCUCCCCCAGCUUAGAGAAUCUUCUGCAGAACAGUGUGGAUGAGAGCUGGACAGACACCAAUUUAAACAGAGUCAGUGUGAUUCAGUUCUUGGAUGAACCCAAAGCAGAUGAUGAAGAGGAGUCUGGAGCUGAGAGACGGGGCUUGCAGCGCAGAGCAACCCCUCACCCCAGCGAGCUGAAGGUGAUGAAGAAGGUGAUUGAGGUUCGGCGCAGCGAGGUGUGUGCUGCCAGGUCUGACACGGACCCCAGUUCUCCUGCCUCAGAAGAGAAGAGGCUGAGCGCCAUGUCCAACCGCAGCGAGGACUCCCACCUCUCCAACAGCACUGCCUCUGCUGACUGCAGGGCAGAGGAGGCAGAGAGGAGCUGGGCAAAUGGGCAGGUGCCUGACAUGCAGGAGCUGGAGAAGGAGGCAAAGCCCAGAGCUGAAGAGGAGCAUAAGGAAGCUGCUGACCAAGAGGAGGAAGAUGUGGAAGUGGAGUACAAUGAGCCCACUGUACACUUCGCUGAGGACACACUGAUACGGAACGAGGAUGAGGAUGAAGGUGAGGAACGACCCUUCCCCGUGGAGAAACAGAGGCUCAUCCGCAAGGACACGCCGCAUUAUAAGAAGCACUUCAAGAUAACGAAACUGCCCAAGCCAGAGGCGGUGGUGGCGCUGCUGCAGGGGCUGAACAGCGAUGGGGUCCCCAAAGAGGAAGAGGAGCUGGGAGGCUGCAAUAGCCACACAGAGCCCAGGGAUCAGGAGGACGCGUGGGAUGAGGAUGACAGAAAGAACGGAGCUUUGUCUGCUCAGCCAUCCGUGAAGGGGGUGUCGUUUGAUCAAGCCAAUAAUCUGCUGAUUGAACCUGCUCGCAUUGAGGAGGAAGAGUUGACACUGACAAUCGUGCGGCAGACAGGGGGUCUGGGCAUCAGCAUCGCGGGGGGCAAGGGCUCCACCCCCUAUAAGGGUGAUGACGAGGGCAUCUUUAUUUCCCGUGUGUCAGAAGAGGGUCCUGCAGCUCGUGCAGGAGUUCGUGUCGGGGACAAGCUUCUGGAGGUGAACGGCGUGUCCCUGCACUGCGCCGAGCACCACGUGGCCGUGGAGGCCCUGCGAGGCUCGGGGAGCUCGGUGUCCAUGACGGUGCUGCGGGAGCGGAUGGUGGAGCCCGAGAAUGCCAUCACCGUCACACCGCUGCGGCCCGAGGACGACUACAGCCCGCGGGAGAGGAGAGGGGGGCUGCGCUUCCCCGAGCAGCCCGAGGGAGCGGCGCCCACCGAGAGAUACUCCACCUGCCUCAUGCGCAACGAGAAGGGGCUGGGCUUCAGCAUCGCCGGCGGCAAAGGCUCCACGCCGUACCGGGCUGGGGACACGGGGAUCUUCAUCUCCCGGAUUGCAGAGGGAGGCGCAGCCCAUCGGGACGGGAUCCUGCACGUAGGAGAUCGGGUCAUCUCGAUCAAUGGGGUAGACAUGACAGAAGCCAGGCAUGAUCAGGCAGUAGCGCUGCUUACUGCAUCCUCCCCCACCAUCGUGCUGCUGGUAGAGAGAGAGGGUGCGGAGCAGCCCGGCGAGGGAGACGCGCCGCGGGGCCGCAUGCACUCCCCACCGCCCCCCAGCCUCGGCCAGAGCCCGCCCGACGAGACCCCCUCGCUGCACAGGAACCACCUCCCCAAAGGCCUGGAGGACCAGUAUCCCAUUGAGGAAAUUCACCUCGUGAAGGCUGGUGGGCCCCUGGGGCUCAGCAUUGUCGGAGGCAGUGACCAUUCCAGCCAUCCCUUUGGGAUUCACGAACCAGGUGUCUUCAUUUCAAAGGUCAUUCCCCGUGGGCUGGCGUCGCGCAGUGGGCUGCGUGUAGGGGACAGGAUCCUGGAGGUGAAUGGCACUGACCUGCGACAUGCCACCCACCAGGAAGCCGUCAAUGCCCUGCUCUCCAACAGCCAGGAGCUCUCCAUGCUAGUGAGGCGAGACCCAGCACCGCCAGGGAUGCAGGAGAUAUGCAUUGAAAAGGCUCCAGGAGAGAAGCUGGGCAUCAGCAUCCGGGGUGGAGCCAAAGGGCACGCUGGAAAUCCGUUUGAUCCCACCGAUGAAGGCAUCUUCAUUUCCAAGGUGAGCUCCUCUGGGGCUGCAGCCCGGGACGGCCGCCUGAAGGUGGGGAUGAGGAUCCUGGAGGUGAACCACCAGAGUUUGCUGGGGAUGACCCACACCGAGGCCGUGCAGAUCCUGCGGAGCGUGGGCGACGCGCUGCUCGUGCUGGUGUGCGAUGGCUUUGACCCCAAGGCUGCAGCUGCCAUCGAGAUGUCCCCAGGAAUCAUUGCAAACCCUUUUGCUGCUGGUAUUGGGCGCAAGAACAGCCUGGAAAGCAUCUCGUCUAUUGAUCGGGAUUUGAGUCCUGAGGAACUGGAGAUCCUGCAGAAGGAGAUGGAAAUGGUGAGAGAAGCAACUCAGUGGGAGAGAGAAGAAAUGGAGAAAGUGGAGUGGAUGCGUAGGGAGCGGGAGGCAGCCACGCAGCAGCUUGAGGAGGAGGCAGAGAACAUCACCAGUGAACCCCUGAGGCUGGACUAUCGGACCCUGGCUGCUUUGCCCAGCAGCGGCUUGCAGAGAGUCAGUCGCACGCUUGUUCAGUGUAAUAAGGCCAGCUCCAGCAUGGAGGGCGACUGCGCUCUGCUGUCUCUGCCAGAGGCGCCGUGCAGCCGGGACCUGAGCCCAGGAGCCCCUCCCCAGCACCCCACAGCGCCCGACCAGUGCUGCAGCGGGGCUCCAGAGCCCCAGCUAGACAAGCAGGAUCCCACGGGUUGCCCCUUGCCACGAGACCAGAUGCCACAGACCCCCGAGGAAGAGUGUAUGAUCGACUCUCAGCCGAUCCUCUUCAGCGAGAACCCCUUUGUGGUGGCCAACCGCAGGGGCAAAGCAGCUGGCAAGGCCUGCCUGGGGGGGCCACCCCUGGGCUACGGCAGGGGGGGAGUGCUGAAGACCAACCUGUACUCCAAGGCUCCUGCGGGCGAGUCUGGGACAGGAAACCCCAGGCGUGACACCUCCUGUUCUGCCAAUAACCAGCAGACGCCCGCGGCCCCUCGUCCUGCUCCCCGGGCAGGCAGGGAGACUCGCUUUGCUUCCAUUAACUUCAUUACAUCCCAGGAUGACAGUAAAUCAACCAAGCCAGGCGUCAUUCAGCCUCUGUCCCGAGUGCGACCAAACGCGGCCUCACACAGUUCGGAGGACGGGGACAGCCCCAAUCCCUUCCAGCAGCCUGAACGGUGCCUCGGCAUCCAGUACUCUCAAAAGCCACCUUCACCUCCUUCUCCUGAUGAGAUCCCCAUCAAUGUCAAGCAAGCUUACAAGACCUUUGCAGCAGUGCCCUUGUCUCACCCUCUGCUGGAGGCACAGGACUUGCCUGGUCAGAACAGCACAGAGAAUCCCAAAACUGGCCUGGAGGUGGGCAGCCAGGGCCCCAGCGGGACGCACAGCCCCGAGCAGAGAUCCUUCCGUGAGAGGCAGAAGUACUUUGAGAUCGAGGUGAAGCAGCAGCAGAUGGAUAAACCUCCCAAGCGUGUCUCCUUGGUAGGAGAAGAUGACCUGAAGAAAAUGAAAGAGGAGGAAGCUCGAAAACUGCAGCAGAAGCGUACCCUUCUGUUGGAGGAAGAGGCAGAAGAGGAUGAGAUGGUAAAGCAGGGGCCUGAGAUGGGCAUGCAGUCCAGUGUCAUCAUUGAAGGGGUCGAAUACAAGAUUGAGAGACUCAAUGGAAGGAGCAUCCAGGCUGCAGCAGCUCGGCCCUCUGAGGUCAACGAGAACAACAGCUCACAGAGGAAUUCACUUGAAGAGGGAAUCAAGCCUGAACAAAGAACCAACUCUCUGUCUGGGUUGAGCCCGCUGAGCCUGGGGCCGGGGGACGCCGCGGCGCCGGUGCGAACGGCCAAGGCAGAGCGGCGGCAGCAGGAGCGGCUGCGCAUGCAGAGCCCCGAGCUGCUGGGCGCCCAGGACAAGGAGCUGUCGCCAGCAGAACGUCGUGCCCUGGAGGCAGAGAAGCGAGCCAUGUGGAGGGCAGCACGGAUGAAAUCACUGGAACAGGAUGCUCUGAAAGCCCAGAUGGUUAUUGCCAAGUCCAAGGAGGGGAAGAAGCGCAGCACGCUGGAGCAGCUGGCAGAGUCACCCUCACCAGCUCCCACCCCCUCGCCAACACCACUGGAAGACUGCAGCCCCAGAAACGUCACCUCCCCGGGAAGGCUGUCCAUGUCUGAAAAGAAGUUUGACUACCGGGAAUUUGCUGCUAUUCCUUCCUCCAAACCUGUUUACGAAAUCCAGUCACCUGAUGCAGCUGAUGACCUCAGAUACGUAGAUGACAGAAAUAACUCAGUUCCCCAGGAGCAGGAUGGGCAGCCAGAGGAAGAGGAAAUGUUAGUAACACACAAUUCAUCAACACCUGCUUCAUCAGCACUUGAAGAGAUGGCCCUGUACAGCAGCAAGCGCAAGCUCCGACACGGCCGGCGCAGCCUGGAGGCCGCUGUCCCCACGUAGAGGAUGGAUGCUCCCGGGCGAAGGAACGGCCCAGCACGGGGCUGCCGAGCUCCGUGUGCCAGGGACAGCUCGGGGCUGCCCUCGCUGCUGCCUCUGGACUCCGGAUGGGACCCGAGUGCCCCGGGGAGCAGCGGGCUCAAAUAACUUCCUUUAAGGCUGUGAACCGCCCUCUUUUCUCACCCAGGAACGUGCUGGGGCAGCAAAGGGGGACAACACUUUAAUGAUGGCAAAUGGAGAGGAGGUGUGGGUAGGACAGUGGGCAGCUGCAGCUUGUUAGCCUGUAAAUAGUGUGUGUGGGGGAAAGGUAGGACAGGGAGAACACGUGAGGGUGAGAGUGUGUUGGGCUCCAGCUGUUGGUUUCCUCUUGGUAGCGGUUAACACGGGAGCUUCUCCUCUGGUGUGAAUAAGCAGGAAGGUCCAGCCUGCCUUUGCUCCUACUUAUUUUCCAGUCUUUUGCCAAAAAGCACCUCCUUCCACCUCCCACCCCGCGUCACCUCACGUGGAAAGGGGCUGCUUGGAGGCAAACAAACAGGAAAAAAAGGAAAAAAAAAGGAAUUGCAGUGAAGUGCCUCCCUCUGACACUGACACACCGACACUGACACACCGACACUGACACACUGACACCUGCGAGCUGAGCGAGCAGGAGCUGCUGCCGGCCCGGUGCACUCGCCUCUGUGAGCAGCCACCUGCUCCCGUUCGGGGACAGGGGCCUGCCCGGAGGUGCCCAGCUCGUGGGACCCUGGGCACGUGAGGUGAGCUGUGUCAGGGCAGGACGGGCACUGCUGCCGGGGCUGAGCCGGGGCAGCUGCAGCCAGAGCCCAGCGGCGUGUGCGCGAGCCCAUAGAGACGGUAGCUGGGGGUUAGGACACGGUGGCAGAGGUAGGAGGUGUCACAGCAGAUAGGAUAGUGGGGUAGGAUUCAAGAAACGGGGAAGGGUAGGAAGUGGCGUUGCUGGGGUUGGGGUAGGAGUAACGGGGUCUCACACGUAGGAGGAUCCCAGGAGCAAGCCCACGGUGUUGGCUGCUGGCCGUGGGAUGAAAGGAGUGGGCACUGGCCAGGAGGGAGCACAGGAGACGGGAUGGCUCUGGCUGGGCCUGGCAAUAACUACACGGUUCAACUCCUGGCCAACUCGUUGGCCUGGGGCCCCUUCCCAUGCAGACUGGGGAAAGGACACACUUGCCCACAAAGAGAGAUGGAAAGGAAAAUGAAAAAGGAGCAGGGGUGUGAUUCUCGGCAUCCAUAAGCGGAACCAGGGCUGUGAACAGAUUCUGUAUCAAUGAGCUCUGCAGACGUGGAGGAGACAGAUCCUGCUUAUAGCUCUGGAGUCAGUCUCUGCUGCCCACUACUGAAGUAAAACAUCCCUUUUUUUUCCUUCUUCUUUUUUGGUGUUUUUGUUUUAUUGCCUCUAGUAGGGAGAAAGGCAUCUGAGCUUGGCAGGGAUCUGAUCUGUCUACCCCGAUACAUUGGUGCUCUCAGCUGAACCCCUCCAGCAGUAAGACCAGAGUUGGACCUUAAGCCUUUUCAGUGAUUCGGAGUGGCUUGGGAGCCACAGGCGCCACAGCCUGUGUAUUUGCUGAGUGAAAGAGCUGGGUGCAGGUUCUGUUAGUUGAGAAUCUCCCUUCUCGCCAAAAUCUAGUGGGUCACGUUAACUGACUGUGUGGUUGAACUUGCCAGAGCUUUGAGGGGGGAACUCUGAUAAUCUCAGCCUACAGCUGUGGCUGCUUCCAUCAUCAGCAAUUUGAGCUUUUCCUUUUUAAAUCUAAUUUUAGCAUUUGCUUUUUAACAACAGCAGUUUUGGAAACAAUCCUGGACUGGUUUUGGUGACUAACUUGUGAUUCUCUUUUUCUUUCCCUUUGCGGUACCUGGUGCCAGGCUCUGGGUUCUCUCCCAUUCUCUCCUGAGAGACUCUGAGGGAAAAUCAGCGCAUCAAGACUGUAACUAGUGAAAUUUGUACAACCAAAGAAAUCUAUUUUGUGGUUUAAGGAUAAUAAAGUUUACUUUACAUUUUAGAA